AUCAAUGCUGACUUUUGCCGUCACUCAGCUGUCGAGCUUUUGCUUUGAUACUCGUCUUUGCUUUGACACUCGUCUUUGCUUUGACACUCGUCUUUGCUUUGACACUCGUCUUUGCUUUGACACUCGUCUUUGCUUGAUACUCGUCUUUGCUUUGACACUCGUCUUUGCUUGGUACUCGUCUUUGUUGUUCCCUCUUCACUGUCCUCACUGUGUAUAGCCCUGUAUAUAUUGUAAGUGUGGCAAACAUGGCGCCGGGACUCAUCGAGACAGAAUCGCGGCCAGCAGCGCCAGAGGAGUCGUUGCGCAGGCUCACCGAGGUUACACAGAGCUUCGAUGACACGCUGAGGUUCUACUUGAACGGCACCAAGGUAACACUGGACAACGCGGAUCCAGAAGUCACAGUGCUAGAGUAUCUGAGAGGAAUUGGACUCACGGGUACGAAGCUGGGAUGUGCCGAGGGAGGGUGUGGUGCUUGUACUGUGGUCGUCUCACAGCUCAACCCUACAACGAAGAAGAUCUACCACGCCUCCGUGAACGCAUGUCUGGCACCGCUGGUCAGCGUCGAUGGCAAGCACGUCAUCACAGUCGAGGGGAUAGGCAACGUGAAGAGACCCCACCCAGCACAAGAGCGGAUAGCAAAGGGCAAUGGCAGCCAGUGCGGUUUCUGCACCCCAGGAAUCGUCAUGAGCUUGUACGCUCUCCUCCGCAACACCGACGCACCCACCGAGCACGAUGUCGAGGAAGCCUUUGACGGCAACUUGUGCAGAUGUACGGGAUACAGGCCGAUAUUGGACGCCGCGCAAAGCUUCAGUGUCAAGACGGGGUGUGGCAAGGCAAAGGCCAAUGGUGGAGGCGGAUGCUGCAUGGAGAAGAAUGGCGCUGGCGGGGCCAACGGUGGGGGGUGUUGCAAGAGCGACGGCGACGACCAGCCUAUCAAGCGUUUCACUCCUCCCGGCUUCAUCGAGUACAAGCCCGACACCGAGCUGAUCUUCCCGCCACAGCUUCACAGGCACGAAUUCAGGCCACUAGCAUUCGGCAACAAGAGGAAGAGAUGGUACAGACCCACAACAUUACAGCAGCUGCUGGAGAUCAAGAACGCACACCCUUCGGCCAAGCUCAUCGGUGGAUCCACAGAGACACAGAUCGAGAUCAAGUUCAAGGGCAUGAACUACAGUGCCUCGGUGUUCGUUGGCGAUAUUCCCGAGUUGCGCCAGUUCAGCUUCAACGACGACCACCUUGAGAUUGGCGGAAAUGUGGUGCUGACGGACCUCGAGCGGAUAUGCGAAGAUGCUGUCGAGCACUACGGCAAAGAGAGGGGACAGCCGUUUGCUACUAUCCUGAAGCAAAUUCGCUACUUCGCUGGACGGCAGAUCAGGAAUGUGGGCACGCCUGCUGGUAACCUCGCAACGGCCAGUCCCAUCUCGGAUCUGAAUCCAGUCUUUGUUGCGACCAACGCGACACUGGUAGCUAAGAGUCUGAAGGAGACGACGGAGAUCCCCAUGUCGACGUUCUUCAAGGGGUACAGGCAGACUGCUCUGCCCCCGGACGCUAUCAUCGCCGGCCUCAGGAUCCCCGUGGCACAGGAGAAGGGCGAGUACAUCCGCGCGUACAAGCAGUCGAAACGAAAGGAUGACGACAUCGCCAUCGUCAAUGCUGCGCUGCGGGUGAAGCUAGACGACGAAGACACUGUCAAGGACGUCAGUCUCGUCUACGGCGGUAUGGCUCCAACUACAAUCGUCGCGAAGAAGGCAACAGAGUUCCUCCAAGGGAGGAAAUUUACCGACCUUCAAACCCUGGAAGGCGUCAUGGCCAAGCUCGAGGAGGACUUCGACCUGCGAUUUGGCGUGCCUGGCGGCAUGGCGACCUACAGGAAGACUCUCGCCCUGGGUUUCUUCUACAAGUUCUACCACGAAGUGCUCGCUGGUCUGGAUGCGAACGAGGCCGAGGUUGAUACCCAGGCGAUCGGCGAGAUCGAGCGAGACAUCAGUUCAGGCUGGAAAGACGGCAAAGCUGCCGAGGCAUACAAGCAGAGCGAAGUUGGACAAUCAAAGAACCACGCCGCUGCUCUGCAGCAGACCACCGGAGAGGCCCAGUACACUGACGAUAUCCCGCUGCAGCGCAACGAGCUGUACGGCUGUCUGGUCCUGUCAACGAAACCACACGCCAAGCUACUGAGCGUCGAUGCGGAAGCGGCUCUUGAGUUCCCAGGCGUUGCUGCUUACGUGGACCACAAGGAUCUCGCGACUCCCGAGUCAAACUGGUGGGGCGCACCAAUGUGCGAUGAGACCUUCUUCGCAGUGGACGAGGUCUUCACCGCAGGCCAGCCGAUCGGUAUGAUCCUCGCGGACACAGCGAAGCACGCGGAGCAGGCGGCCCGAGCCGUCAAGAUCGAGUACGAGGAGCUGCCGGCCAUCUUCACCAUCGAGGAAGCUAUUCAGCAAGAGAGCUUCUUCCAGCACUUCCGUCACAUCAAGAAGGGAGACGUGGAGAAGGCCUUUGAAGAGGCGGAUCACGUCUUCACUGGCACAGCGCGCAUGGGCGGCCAGGAGCACUUCUACCUCGAGACGCAGGCGUGUGUGGCGGUCCCGAAGCCUGAGUUUGGCGAGAUGGAGAUCUUCAGCAGCACUCAGAAUCCGGCGGAGACACAGGCCUACGUGGCAAAGGUGCUCGGUGUAUCUGCCAACAAGGUCAACGCUCGCGUCAAGCGCAUGGGCGGUGGGUUCGGUGGCAAGGAAACGCGGUCGGUUCAGAUCGCUGGUAUUGUCGCGGUUGCGGCGAACAAGGUCAGGAGACCAGUUCGCUGCAUGCUCAACCGAGAUGAAGACAUCUUGACAUCUGGACAACGCCACCCCUUCCUUGCCCGCUGGAAGGUUGCGGUAAACAAGGACGGCAAGCUGCAGGCGCUUGAUGCGGAUGUCUUCAACAAUGGCGGUUGGAGUCAGGAUCUGUCCGGUGCUGUGGUUGAGCGUGCACUCUCCCACAUCGAUGGCUGCUAUUCCAUCCCCAACGUCCACGUCCGUGGAAGGGUCGCAAAGACAAACACGGUCUCCAACACUGCCUUCCGCGGCUUCGGUGGACCUCAGGGUAUGUUCAUCUGCGAAACCUUCAUGGAGGAGAUUGCCGACCACCUCAACAUGCCCGCCGAGGAGCUGCGCCAGAUCAACAUGUACUCACCCGAGUCCAACAUGAUCACGCACUUCAACCAAGAGAUCAAGGACUGGUACGUGCCCCUCAUGUACAAGCAAGUGCAAGAAGAGUCUGAAUACGCUCGGCGCCGCGCCGAGAUCGAAGAGUUCAACAAGACACACAAGUGGAACAAGCGCGGUCUCGCCAUCAUCCCGACCAAAUUCGGCAUCUCCUUCACCGCUCUCUUCCUCAACCAAGCCGGCGCGCUCGUGCACAUCUACCACGACGGCUCCAUCCUCGUCGCCCACGGCGGCACGGAAAUGGGCCAGGGACUGCACACGAAGAUGACGCAGAUCGCAGCCGAAGCGCUGCAGGUGCCGCUCGAAAGCGUCUUCAUCAGCGACACGGCAACCAACACGGUCGCCAACGCGUCGUCAACUGCGGCAUCCGCCUCGAGCGAUCUGAACGGCUACGCCAUCUUCAACGCCUGCGAGCAGCUCAACGAGCGCCUGCGGCCGUACCGCGCCAAACUCGGGCCCAGCGCGACCAUGAAGGAGCUCGCGCACAGGGCCUACUUCGACCGGUGCAACCUCUCAGCGCAAGGAUUCUACAAGACGCCGGACAUCGGCUACGUCUGGGGCGCCAACACAGGACAAAUGUUCUUCUACUUCACGCAGGGCGUGGCGGCCGCCGAGGUGGAAAUCGACACUUUAACAGGUGACUGGACCUCGCGGCGCGCCGAUAUCAAAAUGGACGUCGGCCGCUCCAUCAACCCGGCCAUCGACUACGGGCAGAUCGAGGGCGCGUUUGUGCAGGGCCAGGGCCUGUUUACGACCGAGGAGAGCUUGUGGGUUCGUGCCUCGGGCCAGAUUGCUACGCGCGGGCCGGGGAACUAUAAAAUCCCUGGGUUCAGGGAUAUUCCGCAGGUCUUCAAUGUUAGUCUGCUCAAGGACGUGCAGUGGGAGAAUCUGAGGACUAUUCAGCGGUCUAGGGGUGUUGGCGAACCACCCCUCUUCAUGGGCAGCGCGGUUUUCUUCGCGAUCCGCGACGCGCUCAAGGCCGCGCGCAGAGAAUUCGGCGAGGAGUCGGUGCUGCACCUCGUCAGCCCCGCAACGCCGGAGCGCAUCCGCGUGUCGUGCGCCGAUCCGAUUCUGAAGCGCGCGUGGGUUGAGCCGCGUGAGGGGGAGAAGAGCUUCUUUGUUAGUAUCUAGCGGGCGCCGGGGGUGGGAGUUGGGAAUAUCGAGACGGGGGUUUUGAAGUGUGCCUGUAGCGAGACGGAAUGACCAGCAUCGAGUCAAUGCACAAGUGCGCGCAGAAGUGAGAAUGAGUUCGCUACACGUAUGAUACAAUCUCGCAUGCUCUCCCUCGAGCAGCAAAACGCCUAGUUACAUGCCAUU